AUAUUUCAGUAUGUAUAAUAAUGAAAAGUCAGACACAAAAAUAGAAAGAAGGUACCUGAUCAUAUCAAUAAAGUUAAAUGACAGCCGCUUAACCGAAGAAGGUCUUAGUGAAGAAGCCAUAAACUAAUAUUGAUAAAUAGGAAAUAACAUCAGAUUAAUCAGCUAAGCAUGAACAGACUUUAGAUGAUCGUCUUAAAUUAAAGCAAUAAUCAUAUGAGGAAGCAAAAGCUAGAAUACUCUCAAAUUAAACACUCCAAAGAAAUUAAAGAAAAUACAAUUAAGAAUUUCCUCAAUUGUCUAAAUGAAAAAUAUAAAAUAAACAACAAUUCAUCAAUAUUCAUU